CGAAAAGAACAACACCUAAAACAAUAACAACCCAAACAAAGCCAUCAACAGAAACUACAACAGUAGUGCCUUCACAGAAAACAAUGGUCACAACAAAACAAACACCGACAWUGACGUUACAAACAUCAUCRUCCACYRCAAAGACUCCAAAAUCAACAAAACAAUCUCCUUUGACAACAAAGACACAACACCCGAUCACAACAACGACCUAUCGACAAUCUACGACAGAAGCAAAAUUAUCAACGACCACAAAAAUACCAGAUAAAUCUACCACAUUGAAAACUCAAGCGACACAAACAGAAACUACGCCGACUACAGAAUACUCAGUCUCGUCGGUGGGAAAGACAAYAACGCCGUCUCCAACYAAGAAAAAGCCAACAACAACGCAAGGAAUAAGCUAUCCAAAUUGUCCACAAAGCUGUCGAUGUAUCGUCAAUUGUGAUGGUAAAGUAACAUGUCCAGGAAGGCCUUGUCCUGGUAGCUGUCAAUGCAUGGUCAAUACCUACAAGAUCAACGACUACUGUGUGAUGCCAAUGCCUGAUCCCUGUCUACCGCCAUGUGUACAUAAGGGCUCGAAAUACAGGGUGAAAUCAAAAGUGAGCCAGAGCCGUUGUCAGAAAUGUUUCUGUCUCCACACUCCAUAUACGUUCUCUGAAGUCUCUGUUCAGUGUUUCAAAGUCUGCAGUACAACGUGUCCAAAGGGACAACGCAAGUUGUACAUAGUACAUCCAAGAAAAUGUUGUAAAUGUGUUUCCAUCAUUGAUGUGAUCGAACCUACAACGAAAGAUAAUCAAAGAACAACUGCUACUACCGCUAUCCCGAGGACGACACAGCCAGAUUACCAAAACACGCAACCAGCAACGGAAAGUACAACAGUUAAGCAUGUCACGACAUCCAACGCUGCAGUUAUCUCAAGCCCUAGUACCAUUGGAAGACAACCAACAACAUUGGAGACUUCCAUGAGUCCAAGCAACACCACUGUACAACCAACUACAAUAGAUUGUAACUGGAAUAAUUGUUCGUGUACACCUACCUGUGACGAGCUGGCCAGGAAGAGGUCUCCUACCGCCAUCCCCUGCAGUAUAAACACUUGUCGACCCGGCUGUAAUUGUCCUCAGGGGUAUGCGUCUUUCAAUGGAAGCUGUGUGAUACCUUCAAAGGGAUGCCCAUGCUUUUUUAAUGGGACUUUUUAUAAGUCAGGAGAAUCGUUUGACAAUGGUUCUUGCUCAAAGUGCUUGUGUUUUAAAGAUAAACUUCUGUGCGUACAGACAUGUAACAUCAAUGCCUGUCCAACGGGAAGCGAACUAAUAGACCUUCCAGGGCAGUGCUGCUUUUGCAGAAACAAAACUGUUUGUCCUGCAAACUUGGAAUACUCUCAAUGUGCUUGUAACAAGACUUGUACUGACCAAACCAAGCGAUGUACKAGUUGUGUGUCUGGAUGUCAGUGUCCUAGUGGUUCRUACGACAAUGGAUWUACGUGUGUUCCAUUGAAUCAAUGUCAUUGUCUUCACAACACCACAAUCAAAAAGAGCAAUGAAACUUGGACCGAAGGCCAGUGUACUCUUUGCAAGUGUCUUCGUGGUUCUGCCAAGUGUGGCAAGCUCUGCAAUAUAUACGUUUGCCCACAGGGAGAGCAGUUAGUGCAGCCUGUUGAUGACUGCUGCUACUGUCAAUCACAAGCUCGAACGUCCAAACCUACAAUACAGCGAGCAUCAAGACAAAGUACUGGGAUUUCUACCACAGAAACCUCUACCAAUGCACCUCAUCCUACCAAAACAAAUAACAUGACAGGCAGCAAGCUGACUUGCAAUGUGAAGAUUACGUUGACUUCGUUCAAGGACCAAGAUGACUGUACAAGCAUCCAGCCUCUACGACAAACGUCCUGUGAGGGGAGGUGUUCGUCAAGUAUCGUCGCUAACAUCACAAAUGCUCACCUAGAGGUCUCGUGCAAGUGUUGCAAGCCAAGAGAGUUGAACAGCACKAGUAGUUUGCUGCGAUGUCGUGAUGGAACYAUGAAAAGACUUGAAUAUGUUKUGAUUACUAGUUGUGMUUGUKUYGAGUGCGGAUAUCAGGGAUAUGAAACUAAACUGGCUGAUAUUAGGAAAAAUAUUGCUAAGCAAAACUCGUAGAGUUAUUCAACCCGAAGAGUUAGUAGAGUUAUUCAACUCGAAGAGGUCGUAGAGUUAUUCAACUCGAUUACAGACAAUGCAUGAAACCAAAUCCAAAACUGAGUGGAUUAAUUCAGCUAAAAAUAAUAAAGUGAGAUGAAUACAUAA